AUGGCAGCACACCAGCUUGCAAAGGUGGCUGCAGUGAUGGUAGAAGAUGUCUAUGAGGCUGUCUCGAAGAAAGAGAACUUUACACUCGAGUUAAAAAGUCGACCAGUAGAAAGAAUCGCGAUAGGACCUUGCAAUUAUAUUCAUCUGGUUCAAUUCUUUAAUCCAAAAGGAGGAUAUGGUAGAGGUCAUUACGGAAAGGCUCAGGAAGACAUGGGAGAUAUGGAAUAUCAGGGGAGUAAUUCUCAUCAGCCUUUUAUUGCAAAUCACUCUAUUUUUGGGUGCUCCAUGAGAAAACGCACAGGAAAUAGGUUGGUCAUUCUGCUAGUCUGGUCAUCCUACUUUCUAGCUGAAUGGGCAGCUAGCUUUGCUCUCGGGCUCAUCACCAGCACCCAAAGUUCUAAGCACGGUGAAAAUAGUGAUGUCUAUGCAUUUUGGGCUUCAUUCCUGCUGUUACAUCAUGGUGGUCCAAACACCAUAAGUACUUUCGAGGAAAAUGAGCUCUGGCUAAGACACCUUGUUUCCUUAAUAAACCAAGUUGGCUUCACGUUUUAUGUCCUCCUCCAAACACUACCGAAAAACAACCUAUGGCUCCCAACUUCCCUCAAUUUCUUUGUAGGAAUCAUCAAAUAUGUUGAACGGACGCGCUCUUUAUAUCUUCAAUUAGCUAGAAUUCAUGCAACAACGUCACAAAUAAAAGAUACUAUUAUUAAAGAAUCGAAGUCCGCCUUCUAUUGUAUUCUCUAUCUACCGGACAACCGGCAAUUAGAUGACUUUGAUGUGGUGAAAUAUGGUUACCACUUCUUCAAAAUCUUCAAGGGACUCAUUGUUGAUCUCGUUAGCCACAAGGAUCUACAGGAGAGCAGGGUAUGUUUUACUGGGAGAACUCCUGAAGAUGCGCUUGAAGUGUUGGAGGUUGAACUCAAUUUCAUCUACGAAAUUCUUUAUACCAAGUUAUUUGCAGUGCAUAAUCGCAGAGGAUACUUUUUCCGCCUCCUUACCUUUGCUUCAGUUUUGGUGUCCCUUGGGAUCUUCUUUUUUCUAGACUGCAAGAAUGGUUUAAAUAAUUUUGAUAUUCGAGUUACCUACAUCCUGCUGCUCGUUGCCUUGAGCCUGGAGGCAAUAGCAAUCUUCAAGCUCAUUUUCUCGGAUUGGACUGUAGCUUCUCUCGACAAGACAAAUGCAAAUUCAUUUGUCCUGACCAUCUUUGAAAGAUAUCUCAAAUUUAAAAGAUCAAGGUGGUCUAGACCUCCAUGCAAGGGCAUGAAGCCAAAUACAAAUCCAAUUGUACUCUGGACCGUCUUCAGUAGAUAUGUCAAAUUUAGGAGUCCAAGGGGCUCUACAUGUAGCAAGGAUGACUCUGGCAACAAGUUUUCAAAGAGAGCUACAUCAGCAUUACUUCGCAGGUGGUCUGAAUCAGUGGCAGGAUUUAAUUUGAUAACAUACUGCCUCGAGCAACUUUCGAAAAAAUCUAAUGAAGAAAAUGAUCAGUGGUGCCUUGGCAUUUAUAAGAAGACUACUCAUUUGUUGCAUCAUCAUGUACGCAAAUAUGUGGUUGAACCAUUGGGUGCUCAGCAAUUUCUAGAUGAGUUGAAAUAUGCGCCCAAAGACCCCUUAAGAGAAGAUCUAUGGAAAUUUAUCUUUGACGAACUGUUGCAGAAAUCUAAAGAAGCAGAUCAACCAGAACAUAUCAAGAAAAUAAGUUCAGCUAGAGGUGCUUACGUUCUCAAAGAAUAUUGCAAAAAAAAUCUCGGAGGAAAAGUAGUACUUUUUGAAACACUAAAAACAGAUUAUAUUGAAAAUGUUACCUUUGACGAGAGCCUUCUGCUUUGGCACAUUGCUACUGAACUCUGCUAUCAUGGAAGUGAAAUCGAUCACGAGACAAAAGCUCAACCUGAUGAACAAGAACUCGGCUAUAAUGGAAGUCAAGUCGAUCAUAAAUUCAUCAGUAAGCUCAUUUCAGAAUACAUGCUAUAUUUUUUAGUGAUGAAACCUACUAUGAUGUCUGAUGUGGCAAGCAUUAGCGAUAUUAGAUAUAGAGAUACAUGUGCUGAGGCUAAAAGAUUCUUUAGAAAAAUGGGACUAGGACCAAAGAAUAAGGAAGAGGACGCUUGUGAAAACCUCCUCGCAGUGAAUACAGAUGUUAAACCUAUUUAUAUAAAGGGAGAUAAAAGCAAGUCUAUAUUGUUUGAUGCAUGCAUCCUCGCCAAAGAGCUACAAAAAUUGGAGGGGAUCGAGAAAUGGAAGGUAAUCAGCAAAGUGUGGGUGGAGAUGUUGUCAUACGCAUCAAAUCAUUGUAGACUAGACGCUCAUGCUCAACAAGUAAGUAGAGGUGGACAUCUUAUUAGUCUUGUUUGGUUGCUGAUGGCUCAUUUUGGCCUUGUUGAUCAAUACGUAUUCACUGCCGACUAUGGCGAUGCAAAAUUGAUUGUGGAAAAGUAG